AAGAAGGUACACUUGUGUGCAGCAGGAUGGUCCAUUUAAACUGGUGUCAGCUGAUACAAAACGGGACUACAAAGGGUGAAGACCGGUUGAGGAGGUCAGCAUAAGCACAUCUGCCCCGAGAGAACAUUGCUUCUGACCUCUGAACCUCCGUAACCAUGUCGGACAUUACGCUCAACGUGAGCUACGCUGGUGGCUCUGCACGGAGGAGGCCUCAAAGAGGAACCCGGGGGAGAUACAAUAGGUUUCACAAUAGGAUGCAUGCUAUCGGGCAGAGGGGCCUCCUGGAAGGUAACGAUACACACAACCACAGAGAGAGACAGCCCGGACCUUACCCACCUCCACGCCAAAAUGGCGCUUUUACGCACGGCGCAGGUUUACCGCAUCCAAGCGGCACAGCCGGCGCUUCCCACUUUAGCCACAAGGCUUCGACGUCCACACAACACCUGCCUUCCAGGACUGCGAGCAACAGAGGCUGCCGUGGAAAGCCAAAGGAGCCGGUGCAGAGAAAACCGGCAACCACCGCCCACCGGCCCUCAGCGUCGUGCAGCCAUAAACCCGCCGCUGCCGCCGCACAGACUUCAGCAGGAAUCCCCACAAAGUACCUCGCUCUUGACUGUGAGAUGGUGGGUACGGGGCCCAAGGGGAGCAUCAGCCAGCUGGCCCGCUGCAGUCUGGUGUCCUACGACGGAGACGUGGUUUACGAUAAAUUCAUCAACCCCUCCGUGCCCGUCACCGACUACCGCACCCGGUGGAGCGGCAUCCGGCGCAGUGACCUCGUCAACGCCACGCCGUACUCUGAGGCCAGGAAGGAGAUCCUGAGGCUGCUCAUGGGGAAGGUGGUGAUCGGCCACGCCAUCCACAACGACUUCAAGGUCCUCGGUUACUCUCACCCGUUCAUCCUGACCAGAGACACGUGUCGAAUCCCGCUGCUCAACCAGAAGGCCGGCUUCGCCGCCACCGAGUGCGCCUCGCUGAAGAGACUCACCAAGGCCAUCUUCAACCGGGACAUCCAGACCGGGAGGAAGGGUCACUCUUCUGUGGAGGACGCCAGAGCCACCAUGGAGCUUUACAAAGUGGUGGAGGAGGAGUGGGAGAGGAAACUGGCCUCCAAGUCGCAGGCCUGCUAGUGCCAAGGUGGAGAAGAGACAACGAGGACAAUAAACUGGGUUUAAAUUGACGUUUUGUGGUUUCGGAGCGACCGAUCUUCUCUCUUCUGCUGUCCUGUUGACAGGAGAAUGAAGAAACCCAGAACACUUCAUCAUGGGAGGAGAGCAUAACGAGUGUUGGGGUCAGACAUGUAGCUUUGACCCUUCGGUUCCAGCGGUUCUUUCUCAGGGUUUGCGUCGUGUUUAUAAAGGUGCUUCUGCCACGAGGGGGCAGUCAUGUCUUAAUCCCAGCAACAAAACUGCAUCAUGAAUGAUGACGCAUCAUGUUUAAAUUAAAUCAGCUGUCAAUUUAAAGGCCACUAAAA